GGUGGAGGUGGGCAAAUGGGGGAGGGCAGGGAAUGAGGGACAUUUGUAAUACUGUCAACAAUAUAAAAUUGAAAAAUAUGCUAGAAAAAGGCAAUAAUAAGGAAGUUGGUAUAAAUUAAAGUGAAAAGUGUUUAUAUGUGAAGAGCUAAAUAGGAAUCUACUAUUCAAGAUAAUUAUAGAUAAAGCAAUAUAUGAAAUGAAUUCCUGAUUUCCAUGUCCUUCUAAUGUAACAUUUUCUCAGGCCAUCUUCAGUGACUGAGUUUUGUAUUGUGUCAUUGACUGACCUACUCCUUGAUUGCUUCCCAUUUCUAUACCAACUGCCCCUAUUCCAGGGGCCACCAAUCCAGCCCCAUUAGCCUUAAAUAGAAGAUGCAAGAAAAAGUAGUGGGCACAUGUCCAGCUUCUCCUAGCUUCCUCCAGUUUGAGCACUGACUUCCCCCUCACUACACACCUGUUAUGAGGCAUGGUGGUGAGGCAGGAGCCCUUGCAGGGCAUUCACUGUACCAGAUGUAUCUGAUAGCCACAUGCAGGCACAUACUGUGGCUGGCUCAGGUAGAGUGACUGGCCAUCUGAACUUUGCUGGAAUAUGCUUAGUCUUUAUCUCUAUUUCUGGUUUGCUCCAUAGUCUUGUUGAGAAAAUUCCACCAUCUCUCUGAAAGGAGGAGACCAGGUACUGGAAAGGAAGAAGAAAAACAGGUCAUUUAACAAGGAUUGAGGAUUGACGUAGCAGUGAUCAGUCAUUUGAGGUUCAAAUUUUCACCCUAAGUUAAAGACUUUCAUAGAGAGUGACCUUGAUGAUAACCUGAAAAGAGGUGUGUGUGUGUGUGUGUGUGUGUGUGUGUGUGUGUGUGUGUGUAUUUCAUAUUAAAAAAAAAAAUCUUUAAAAAUCCUACCAAGCUGCUAUUGGGUGUUCACAGCCUUUUCAAAUUAUAAUGUACUCUCCAGAAGUUUACAUAAAACUCUUGUUAUUCUUCUGUUCCAUCCAUGCCUCUCAGACUCCUCUUGCUUCUUCUUUCUGCUCCUCCUUCAGUUCAGUCAGUUUAAAGAUUAAUUUUGAAGUUGACCUUUAUUUUCCCACAGGAUGCUCCAGGCUUUAUGCUGUGAUGGUAAGGCAGUGGGAUUGGCUUUGUGUGCCUGGUGGCUGGCUCUGCCCUGGCACGCUGGCCCUCACUGCUGGAAGGGCCCAGGGAAACCUGUGUGAGGUGGCAGGUGUGGUGGGAAAUGGGGUCUACCUUGGGGGUCCACUCAAGUGUCUGACUCCUGGUUUGUCUUAUCCAGCUCCCGCUGGAGGAAGAAUAGGAUGAUUGGUUCUGUGCGAUGAGCUCAUUUGUCCUAUUAGUCAGUAAAAUCAAUAUAGAGUGGAACAAUAACCCAAAAAGUAUGGGGUCUGCUUGUUAGUAAGUUUGCUUACUCUUCAACAACCAGUGUUUCCACUUGGCAAUAUUAUUCAUUUCAUUGUUCUCAUCCAUUCUUCAGUUUAGUUUUCUUUUUACUUUUAAUCACAUAAAUUCUGUGCUUAUCUCAGUAGCCAUGGCUAGUACUAGUCAGGGCCAGGACGCCAACUCUGUAUCCAGUUGGAUGAAAGGUUUGCCAGGUGAACAUUACUCUUCUUACUUUUUUUCCUCCAUCUUCUCUUCUACCAUCCUUUCUUUUUCUCUUUCCUUCCUCAUUUAUUCUAUUUAUGCUGUUUUUAACCUGCUCCUCAAACUGGCUACUGUAACUUUGGGGUUUCCUGGGCCCUAUCUCAGAUAAGUAAACUUUCAGCUUCACCCCAGACUGCCAAGUCUUAUUAAAUGUAUUAUUUGUCACUCUAGCUUUCAUCAUUGAACUUCAGCUUAGGCAUUCUAUUGGUGGUAUUUGGCUGUCUCAACUAUUCCGGGCCUCAGCUUACCCACAUAUAAAAUGGGAGCAUUGGUGUCCCCACAUGUCUCCUAGAGCCAUCCAGAUAUAAAAGCUGGCCCUUUGUUAAAAUUUUUUAAAUAAAUUUUAUUUAAUUUAUUGGUAUGACAUUGGUUAAUAAAAUUAUACAGGUUUCAUGUGUACAAUUCUAUAAAACAUCAUCUGUAUAUUGCAUUGUGUGUUCACUACUUCAAGUCAAGUCUUCUUUUGUCACCAUUUAUCCUCCAUUUACCCUCUUCUACCUCCUGCACCCCACCCCUUUUCUUCUGGAAAUCACCAUACUGCUGUCAAUGUCAAAACUAUGGAAGGCUUCCAGAAUUUGCAUGUCAUCAUUGCACAGGGGCCAUGCCAAUCUUCUCUGUAUCAUUCCCAUUUUAGUACCUGUGCUGCCGAAAUGAGCACAAACCUGGCCCUUUUCAUAGUCACUUUUGUAGCCUUAACCAACACAUCCUGUGAUAAACAUAGAGCCAGAACCCAUAAGAAGCCAUGAAAGCUACUGUGACAUGAAUUUUAGGGCCUGGAUAAAAAAUAACUAAACAACUGCCACACAGAAGCCCUCACCGUCUCUGAUAACUCCUCAAAUAUGAAUAAGAAUGUAUGAUAGCGUAUUGAGCUGGUCAGACACAUCAGAGGUUCUGGGUCCUCUUUCUCUCUUCAAACCUACCUCUGGCUGACAUGUCCCUGUGCUGAAGUUUUGCUGAGGUCCUUAGGUAUCUUCCAAAAAGCUUAGAUUUUUUUAAAGAUUAAUGAGAAGAAAGGGCUGUAACAUUGGGAGUACCAUUUUUAGAUACCAUUUCCCAUCUCUUUUCUCAUUUAAUCUUUGCAGCCCUGUGAGAUAGAUAAUAUUUUCUCUAUUUCAUGGAACAAAAGUGAGAAACUGGUUGCUCAGACAGGUUAAGUAACUCAGUCAAGGACACUCAAUAAUACCUUUUGAAAGAGUUAAACAUUAUGUUUACUUCUAAAGUGAAGUCAUAUUUACAGGUAUUGAGACGUAGACAUAACUUAUAUCAGUGGUUCUCAAAGUGUGGUUUCCUCUGCAGCAGCAGCACCUGCUGAGAAGUUAUUAGCGAUGCCAGCUCUGGGCUUCAGCAGCUCCAGGGGGCCCAGCACUGCCUUCACAAGGCCUGCAGGGAAGCUGAUGCACAUUUAGGUUUGAGAGCCACUGGUUACCUCUGUUCUCUUCAUUCUGGUCUGCUCUCCAGCCACCAAUAGCAAGUGCCCACAAGUUUUAGUACAAACAGGAAGAAGUCUUGGCCACCCCAAGGAUACACUGUCUUCUUGGGGAUUCAGCAGUUUUAGCGAGGCUGAGAACUUUUCUGUGCUCUCUUGGUUCUCCCCGUUCUGGAUAGAAAACAUUUCUAGCCGGUGCCCUUAUUUCCUAUCUGUUUCUUUCACAGCCAAAGGGCAAAUCGGCGACCUGGAAACUCAAUGAUUUCUCAUGGACAGAGACGUUGUCAUUUAACUUGGUCAUCAAGUGUAACUCACGUGAUGGGAAAGUGAUGGUUCGAACAUGACAGUUUUCCCAUUUUCCCUCAUGAUAACAAUACAGUAGAGCCCCUUACCCAUGCUGCUGCUUUCUGUUGUUGUUCAUCCUCACCCCAGGAUAUUUUUUUCCAUUGAUUUUUAGAGACAGUGGAAGCGAGCGGGGCAAGACAGAGAGAGAAACAUCAAUUGGUUGCCUCCUGCAUGCGCCACAAUCAGGGCUGGGGAUCUAGCCGGCAACCGAGUUAGGUGCCCUUGACCAGAAUCGAACCCCAGACCCUUCAGUCCUCAGGCCGACCCUCUAACCACUGAGCCAAAUCAGCCAGGGUGCUGCUUUUUAAAGUUACCUGGAGUCCGCUAUUGUCCAAAAAUAUUAAAUGGAAAAUUUCAGAAAUGAAUAAUUCAUAAUUUAUAUACUUGGAAUCAAUUUGAAGAGCGUGAUGAAAUCUCACACUGUCCUGCUCCUUCCUGCCUGGGUUGGAAUCGCCCUUUUGUCCCGCAUCUCCACGCUGGAUACACCAUCUGCCUGUUAGUGACCUAGCAGCCACCUUGGUGAUCUGAAUUUUGGAGAGAGAGACCACAGACACAUACAUUUUUUACAGUAUAUUGUUAUAAUUGGUCUCUUUUAUCAUUAGUUGUUGUUAAUCUCUCACUGUGUCUAAUUUAUAAAUUAAACUUUAUCAUAGCUAUGUACCUAUAAGAAAAUACAUAGUGGAUACAUGGUUCAGUACUACCCAAGGUUUUAGGCAUCCACUGGGGGUCUUGGAACAAAUCUUCCAGAGAUGGGGGUGGGGGCGAACUACUAGUAUUUUUCUUGUAUUGCUCAUCUCACGUUAUAAAGUGCCUUUUAUAUAUGUCCAUUCAUUUGACCCUGACCCCAGCCUGUGAGCUAGGUUGAACUAUAAUUUCCAUUUUAGAAAAGGGAAGCAGGCAGAGGGCAGAAAGUGAGUUAUCCAGGGGUAUGUAGUUGCUCAGAAGCACAGCCUGGCUUCAUUCCACACUCCCCUACUCUGGGGCCUGAGCCCUUUCCUGACUUCCGCUGGCUGACCUGAGGCAGGCAGCUUUGAUGAGAACCAGAAGAGACUCCGGUGCAGUGUUAGGCAGGCACAGAGCCAGGCAGGAAGCAGCAGCUGGACCUGCCGGAUUCCCUAAACCACGUGGCAGGAUGGGAGAGAAAGUGUAGACUUGGGGCAGGGUGGCAGGAGGGCUUAGACAGGAUCAUAAACAGUGAAUAUACCAGUAGAGGGCAGAGGGGAAAGCUAGGGGACUGGUCUUCAGGGUGCUGGUAGCCUGGAUAUCUGAGAAAUACCGAUUUCUCAGCCCAAAGCCUUCCUUAGAGAAAUGUUUCCUGACCUGGGUCUCACUCUGGCUGAGACCUGUUUGCCUGCUCACCUCUUUGGGUAUCACUGAGCCACUUCUCCACCAUGAGAAAUCAUUGAGUUUCCAGGUUGCCUAUUAGCCCUUUGGCUUAUCCCAUCUGGUCAUCUUGUCCUGCCCUUCACCAAAGCCACUUUUAAAACCCUACCGUCAGAUCCCAAAUGACUCCUGAGCCAGGUGAGAAGCUGUGUGUGCGUACCCAGGUGUGCACAUGUGUGUGUAGGGUAGUGAGUGGAAUGGAGAGGCAGCAGACGUAGCAUGAUGGCCUACUUUGAUGAAUGCAAUCCUCACAUUACAUCCUGCAGGGUAGGGAGGAUCGUGUGUCAUUCACAGGAAGGAAACUGGCUUCAGUGAGGCUGGAGGUACUUGUUUAAGGCCGCACCUCUGGGAUUCCACCUAGUCUCUCUGACUUCCCUCAAAGGGGGCCACAGUGAGCCUCUGAGCAUGGAGUAAAGGCUGUUGGCUUAGUAAAACUGCUUCCUUCAUAUAUAUAAGCCUCACAGAUUAAAAUCUUAAUUUGUAUUUUCAAAAACAAGCUACUUUUAAUUUUAGUUUGUAGUCCUUCUGGGGACAAUAUAUACCCAAUCCUCUGCUUUGGGGCUCCCGCCUCCUACACCCUCCUUUGGCCUUUCUGAUAGAUUAGAUACUAAUCUGCUCUUGCCUUUCAAAUAUCUCUUCAGAUAGAAGAGGCUGAGCUACUAGCACUGUCCUUCCCAGCUUGAUCCUUGUCCCACAUGCGACCCUUGUAUGGGACUGCCAUUGCAAACCACCGCUAGCAAUGAUGUCCAAUGCCUAUCUUUAACUGCCUGGUCUCUACACUGUAAGUGCUUAUGUCAUUGCAAAUCUUCUCUUUAAUCUGGAGUAAUAACCAUAAAAACAACAACAGUAGCAGUGACACUGGUCUCACACAUUUGCUUUAAUCCCAGAAGGUAGCUAUAAUUUUUAUUACCUGCCUUCAUCCCUGCCAUCUUCAUCCAGGUAGCUUAUUCAAAACCAUGUAGUUCCGAAGUCCCAGAACCAGUGUUUGAACCUCGUCUUGUCUGAAGCAGAAUGGUCUCAGUGUGGUUUCAAGUCUCUUCUCUGGGCUGCCAACAUUUACAAGGGCAUUUUGGCUGCAGGGACAAGCUGGGUAGCUAUGUUAGGCAAUAGUCUAAUACAGUAAUUUUUCCCAACUUAGCAGCAGUACGUCUUUAUUAAUUAUUUUGAAAAAUUUCUAACGGCCAUGUGCACCCUUAUGUUGUCAUUCCUGAAUGGAUCAUAAGCCAGAGUUAAAAAUAAAGAUCUCAUGAAAUAAGUAAGUUAUUUUCAUGUCAUUUUUUAUUUUAAAAACUACACACACACUCGCAUUAUUUCUUUACAUGUAUCUCAAUGUAUGAACAUACACACAUAUGAACAUCCUAGUAAACAUUGAUUGCCCGGCUGCCAGAAGAGUGAUCCCAAUGAUAAUAAUGAUGAUGGUGACAAGGGUACAAUAAUCAGCAUUUAUUGGGGGCUAAUUAUGUACUAGACAAUCUCCUAAGUGCUUUGUGUAUGGUAGCUCAUUUAAUCCUCACAAGGACUUUACUAGUAUGAAGUAGGAACUGUUGUCUCAAUUUCCUAGUUGAGGAAACUGAAGCGGAGAGGAUGAAGCACUGUACCUGUGUUCACAGAACUAGUAAGCAGGUGAGCUGGGAUCCAAACCCAAGAGUCUGGCCCAGACCCCACACUUUCCCUCCUAAGCUGCCUCCUAGACCAGGGGUGGGCAAGUAAUUGAGGUUGGAAGUCCCCAAGUACACUCUUUGUCCCAGUGAAAGUUUUUCCGCUAAGGAGUACUUCCCUAAAGAGGUUUCUGGUUAGCGUUCUCAAGCAGCUAAAUAACUUAAAUUUAUAUUAAACACUUAUGUUUUUACUUCAAUGAUGAGUUAAGAAAAUGAGUGUAAAUAUAUUCACGAUCAUUGGGAUAGCCACCUUAUAAUCAAACAGCUAUAACCAUAAGAAGUUACAUCUAAUUUUAUAUUCACAAAUAUUUAAAAGUCGCUAAAUAACAAUACCAAUUGAAGCUCAACACCAGGCUACACAAUAUUUUCUCCCUUUAAAAAUGGUCCAUAUAUUAUUUAAAUUUGACUAACACUAUUCUCGUUCUAGAAAUGAGAUGACCAGCUCUUUCAGAAUAUACAGCAACUGCCUCCACAAAAGCAGCGCCAGGUUUAGGAGAUUUACGGUAAAACCACCUUUCCUAGGACUUCUACUGGCAGUUUCUGGGAGAGCUAAGCUUCCCAUCCAUCUCAGAGGUUUGCUUUUCCUCUGGGAGAUGUUUAUAAUAGAAAAGCAUCAUUUGGGAUAUUUAUCAGCUUCUCCUGUCCCUCUGCUGUUUGGUGGGGCUGACCACGGGCAAGGAUAAAAUGAGCUGGUCAUCUCAGGAUCAUGGACAACAUGGAAUCAAGGCUCAAGACUGUCCCCUAUUUUCGCUGUGAGAAGGGAAAUGAAUCUGUGCCCGUGUGCCAGAGGUGUGAAACGUGCAUCUUGGCUAGGAAGAUCUUCUCCACCAAAGAGUGGUUCCUAAGGGUCAGUGACAUAGCUCAGAGGAGGUUUCUAGUGAGCAUUCUGGGACAGCUGGAUAGCUUAUAUUUGUUAUACUAUUUUCAAAAUAUCCUUCAGACCACACAGGGGAAGGAUUUCAUCUAUACCAGGUCCCGGAUCGACCUCAGCAAGCAGGAGGGGGACAUCAUGAAAUUCAUGAACCAGAUGCUGGAUAGGACAAUAGAGCAGAAGAUGAGGGAGAUAUUGUGCUGGUUUGGGAGCAGCACCCACCGGACUAAGGCAAAUUACACACUCUUGCUGCUGCAGAUGUGCGACCAGAAGUUACUACUCACUGCUGCCAACGUCAUCAAAGUCCUGUUUCAGAGGGAGCAGGAUACCAUUUUAGAACUUGGUCAAGACCCCAAUCUUAUGCUUUUAUUUCCUGAGAAAUACUACAACCCCCAGCUUGAUACUUCAAAUGUCUACUGGACAGCCAGAACCAAGAGCACAUCCUUCCCUUUGUCCAAAGAUUCAGGGGGAAAAAGCUUGCUUAAAAAUGUUGGGUGGGAAGCAUCUAAUACUGAGGGACAAUGGAGGAGUUCGCUCCAGUGCAUUUCCGAGAUGAAUAGGCUAUAUUCCAGAAAAGCUCACAUGCUCAAGGCAGGGCACACCUCCUCCAAUCUGUUGGUUGACCUGAAUGUUGUCAGAGACUUGUCUUCUGGAGCCAGCAAAUACCGGGACUUCAUCCGUCAACUGCCCAUCCAUAUCUCCAAGUAUAUUCUAAGUAUGCUCGAUAAAAGCACCCUGAACAGAUGUGCCGCUGUGAGCCAGCACUGGGCUGCACUGGCAAAGAAAGUCAGGAAGGACUUCUCGAUGCAUUCGUUCAUUCACAACCAGAUCGCCUUGCUGCAGGGGUCCUACACAAAGGGAAUAGAUCCCACCUAUGCCUGCAAGCUUUUCGUCCCAGUUCCUAAAACGACAGAUGACAUAAAGCGCAUACGUGCGAAAAAUCAGAAAUGGAAACUGAGAACAAAGAAUGACAACAACUUGUGGACAGCAUACCAGAACCAGGAAACCCAGCAGAUCCAGAUGGAGGAGAGAAAUGUCUUCUGUGGGACUUACAACAUCCAUAUUCUCUCUGACACGUGGGACAGAAAUAGAAUCAUCCACUAUUCUGGGGGCGAUGUGGUAGCUGUGUCAUCCAAUCGGAAGAUCCAGCUUCUGGACGUCUUACAAGCAAAGGAGAUCCCCGUCCAGUUCCGAGGCCACACUGGGAGUAUCCGUGCCCUCUUCGUGUGUGAGGAGGAAAAUGUUCUUCUGAGCGGGAGCUAUGACCUGAGUAUCAGAUACUGGGAUCUGAAAAGUGGGGCUUGCAUACGAAUCUUCACUGGCCACCAGGGGACAAUCACUUGCAUCGAUUUAUAUAAGGAAAUGCUCGUGUCUGGAGCAAAAGAUUGCCAGGUGAAAGAGUGGGAUGUAAACACAGGGAAGUGUCUGAAGACAUUUAAACACAAAGACCCCAUCUUGGCCAUCAAGAUCAACGACACCUACAUCGUGAGCAGCUGUGAGCGAGGAAUAGUGAAAGUGUGGCACAUUGUCAUGGCUCAGGUGGUAAAGAUUCUCAGCGGCCAUGAGGGAGCUGUGAAGUGCCUGUGCUUUGACCAGUGGCAUCUCCUCUCUGGAAGUGUUGAUGGCCUAGUCAUGGCCUGGAGCAUGGUGGGAAAGUAUGAGCGAUGCCUCAUGGCCUACAAGCAUCCCAAGGAGGUGCUCCACGUGGCCCUGCUCUUCCUCCGGGUCAUCAGUGCCUGUGCAGAUGGCAAGAUCCGCAUUUACAACUUCCUCAAUGGGAACUGCCUGAAGGUGAUGAAAGCCAAUGGCAGAGGUGAUCCCGUGUUGUCUUUCUUCAUUGGCGGCAACAGGAUGGUGAUCAACACAGAGAGCAAUAUCCUCCUAUUCCAGUUUGAGAAUAUCAAGUGGCAGUACUUCCUGGAACGGGCCAAACAAAGAAAGAUCAGGGAUAAAGAGGACAGGGAGGAAAACCUCCUGGAAGUCAUGUCUAAGGCUAGCACUCCGAUUCACAAGCUGGGGAGCUCCAUAUCUAAUAAAUACCUGGUGGCCCAGGAGUCCCUGUUAAGUAAAUCUCACAAGUCCCGCGUUCUCCUGUUGCCAUCCAGGACAAUGACAGCAGGGUCAUUAGAGGUGCCUCAAAGUCAAAUAAAGCUAAAAUCACCCCGAAGAGAUGGAGAUAGCAAAAUGAGAGUGAGUGCUGUUUCUAAGGAAGUCAUUAGCUCAGAUAGUGAGCAGGAGAGUCAGCAAGCAAAAUCCCUUUCAGGAGAUGAUAUGGAGAAAGGACCCAAAAAAGGACAACUGGAAACUUUUGGACACAGGCCCAAACACUCAAGGAGGAAGUCCUGGAAAAUCUCUAUGUCGCCCGACCGGUUCCUACUCACAGUUAAUGCCCUGCAGCAAGCCCAUCAUUCAGGGAAGUAUGCCUAUCCCCAUAGGACAAAGUCCCAAGUCAUUGAUGUUUGGGAACCUUCAAGUUCACACCCAAGGAAGGUCCUUAGUUUCAAAGGAAAAUCAUUACAACAUGCAGUUGACACGUUGAGAGUCAGCCACCCUCCCAUAGAUGUGAAACAAACCAAUAUUUCCCUUGAAAUCCAGAAACUGCAGCCCAACUUGAAGAACUCUUUGCACGAUUCCCGAGUCCAGUCUUCCAUACCCCAGCCCAUGAUUAUCCGCUCCAGGAUCUCUGGCAGCUUACAGGUUGAAGAUCAAGUCACCAGUUCCAUUGACGGAGCAGUACGCAGCUUCAGACCCUUAACCAGCCUGCAUGUCAUUAAGGCAAACCGCAUGGUGGCUCCACAAGUAGACAUGACAACCCAGCCUGUCAAGAAAGAACGGCCUUGCUACUGCCCGGCCCUGGAUCCAUUCAGAAUGAACAGCGAAUUCAUGCUGUUGACUGUGAGGGAGGAGAAAGAGUACGAGGAAGCCAAGCUGAAAGAAUAUCAGGCCACAAAGCCCACUGAAGUGGUCAACCCAGAAAGGGCCAGAAAAGCUGCAUGGAUCAGGAAGAUCAAAGGCCUGCCCAUAGACAAUUUCAUGAAGCAAGGGAAAACCGCAGCCCCUGAACUGGGUCCAAAUGUUUUUAUCUGAACCAGCCUUGUGAAAUUACAAUGUCUUGCAAUAAAAAGGAAACCAAGUAGACAUUGGUGUUUGGCUUAUUUUAUUUUAUUUUAUUUUAUUUUAUUUUAGUGAAGUUGGAAUGACAUAGGGAGGGUGCUUGCUGUCAGUCAAACCUGGGAACAGAAAUAAGUGGGGUCUGUGAAAAUUUGGGAAUACACAAUCCCCAGGAACUCGCUCUCUUGUUCCUGCUUCCUUGCAUUUCAUGUUUCCUCCAUAGCCAUGUGGCCCUGCGGAGUCCACACGCAGUGGACUGAUAGAUGCGGAUGGGAACACAAGCUAUGCUAGCCUGAUGCUGGACUGGACACUGCUCCCACAUGGAGCGAAAACUCUGGACACUGGCUCUGAUUCCAGCUCUGCUGAAGCCACUGCUUCCUCGGCGGGACAAGGGGACAUGGGAGCUUGGGAACUCAGGGGUUUAAUUCCACAGAAAUAAAGCUUUCUACAACAGCUCAUCCUCCCGUGCGAGGCUCAGAAAAUUCCUUUUCUCGGGAAAUCACAAGAAGUGCACUCCCAGCAGCAACAGAUGGAGAUGUGGAGAUCUCCCUACCGCUAACAGUAUCAGGGUCCAGGCAGGUGAUUUAGAAGAGUGCAGUCCACCACUAGAGAGUUCAAGCCCCAUCCAAAGGGGACUGCUCCUACUCCGUGGCCAGCAUGGCCAUAGCAUGCUGUGAGAUAAUAAAAAAAAUCUAUUGGCCUCUGCCCCGCGUUCCUGGCACAGGUCCCGAAAGCCCUGUAAUUUCCCAAGCAAUAAGAAUACUAGGAAUAUCUUUUGUUCUAAUAUUUGUCUUUGACCCCCUCCCUGGCACAGACAUCUUGAAAACCUUUUAAUUCCUAAGUGAUAACAACACUUAGUGUUCUAAUGAUAGGACUGGGUGGGCUCCUGGAUGGGCUCUUAUCACCAGAAAAAACAAGCCCUGAGGUUUGGAAAGAGAGGCUGGAAAUGGAGUUAACGAUUAGACAUGUCUGCAUGAGGAAGCUCCAUAAAAACCCCAACAGCAGGGGGUUUGGAGAGCUUCCAGGCUGGUGAACACAUCCACAUCCUGGGAGGUGACAC